UCUGCCGCUGCCACGGUUUCUCUGUUUUUUGUUUUGUUUUUUUUGUUUUGUUUUUUCUUCUCCAAAUCUUCAUUUGCCAACAAUGCAAGCAAGCAACCUGCUUUGAAAUCGACGCAACCAUCUUCUUCAUCAUCAUCCCAAUUGCAAUUAUUCAUUCAUUUAUUCAUUCCAUUCUGUCAUGUUUAGCGUGAUUUGCGCCUCAAAAGUUCCCCACAAUUCUGCUCUCAGAUCUGACUCUCCCCCUCUCUGACCAUAGCAACAGCAACAGGGGGCAUUCUCUUCAGCAGCUUGGAACUCCAUUUCCAUGAAUUCUGGUUGGAUAUGAUGAAUAGUUGAACACCCUGUUUCAAGUGUCCAUAGUUGAUAAUUGAUUACUCCAAGGAAUUUGGAGUUCUGGUUGGAUAAUACAACGGUAGCCAUAACUAGCAAUUUUCAUGUUGAUUGAGGUUGCCCAUAUGAAUCAAACAACAUCGUAGUGUUUUACCUGGAUAAUGCUGCUACUAUUUUAUUGACUAGUACUGAAUCAUUGGUAUGUAUAGUAGGUGUGACUAUGGUAGUUGUGUUGUAUGUGAAGAUUUAAAGACACCUCGUUAGCGGCAGACAUCGACCAAUUUUCUAUAUAUUCUAACCAUAAUGUUAGGAGUAGAAGCUUAAUAACCGAUAAUAACUAAUUAAACUUUUGAAGCAAAUAUAAAGCAAUUUAGACAAAACUCCGAAAACAAUGGAGUUACUAGUUACAGUGGCUUUUCGUUAUCAUCUUUAGUAGAGCAUGCAUUUCUAAAUGCUUGUCAUGGACAACUAGACAUGAAUCAGAAUUCUGUUAAAAGUGUGAGCUCCGCUAGUGGUGAAAAAGAUGCUAGGAUUUAUGCUGUGUUUGCAAGUGCAGACCAUCGUUGAUGCACUUAGAUUCAAUUUUGUUUCUGUUUGCUGAAUCCUGAAGGUCCUAUAAUUGAAUAGUGCUGAUACAAUGAAGAACAUAGUGGCACCUAUGGAAAAGGCUUUGCCUUCUCCCACUUUUCUGUGGAGAUUCAAGAUGGUACUCUUUCUGAUGUGGGGACUUACUUGCUGCAAGGUUGGUUGGGACUCUGUCAUGAGAAUGGAUGCGAAUUUGCGAGAUCUGUUUUUAUACGAGGCAUUUUUGUAUUAUAACCCUCUCCUUCUUGUGACUAUGAUGGUCUGGCUUUGGGGAGUCAAUUUGUGGGUAUUCCUACAAUCAAGUAUAAAUUAUCCGAAGAUUUUUGAAAUUGAUCAAAACCACCUCACUCACAGAGAGAUAUGGAAGUGUAGCACUUGGAUGACGAUUCUUGUCCCUACUAGCAUGACUGCCUAUCUGUAUCUAUAUUCUCACGGGGAAGUAUCAUUAGCUGCAUCUCAACCUGUGCUUCUCUACAUUCUGUUCGCUGUUAUCAUGAUCUUUCCCUUUGAUAUUUUCUAUUUGUCCUCUCGGUACUUCUUUUUGAGGACAUUGUGGCGGAUAGCUUUUCCUUUGCAGCCAAUAUCGUUUCCUGACUUCUUUGUGGCUGAUAUUUUAACCUCCAUGUCAAAGGUGUUUUCAGAUUUGGAGCGAUCGGUUUGUAGGAUGGUGAACAAACAGGUCGCCACAAUUGCUUGGCUUGAAGCCGAUUCGGUCUGUGGUAGUCACUCUGUUGCAAUCCCAAUGGCUCUUGUUCUUCCUUAUUUGUGGCGUUUAUUGCAAUGUCUUCGUCAGUACAAAGAUACUAAAGACAAAACUUGCCUUUUCAAUGCUCUAAAAUAUUCAACAGCAUUCCCAGUGAUUUUUCUCUCGGCGCUGAAGUAUCACGUCUUCCCCGAGAAAUGGACAACUAUUUAUCGGCCACUGUGGCUAUUCUCGAGUUUAAUUAAUUCGCUCUAUUCAUUUUACUGGGAUAUAACCAGAGAUUGGGAUUUAAGUGGCUUUUCGCGCAUUUUCAAGUUUAACAGACCAAGUGCAGUUUCGAACGCGCUUCACGGACGACAAUGGAUAUAUUUUUGGAUGAUUGGAAGCAACUUUAUUCUGCGCGGCUCGUGGACGUACAAACUAUCUGCGCAUCUCCGGCAUAACUACUUGACAGUGUUUGCAAUCACUCUUUUGGAGAUGUUCCGACGGUUCCAGUGGAUCUUCUUCAGAGUUGAAAAGGAGGUGAAUAAGACAACACGAUCCAGUGGCAUUCAACUCGUCGAAAGCGAGAAAGAGGACGAGAAAUUGCUAGGCACCACUAACAUUCAUGAUGUAUAGAAAAAUGAUUUAAGAAAAACACAUUCAUCCAACCAAAUUUUGGCAAUGUCAUCUUCAUAUAUUAGCAUCAGCUCUAAUUCAAUUCUUUAUACCAACAUGAGGGAUUAUUCAUGCAUAUAUAUGCAUGAAUGUGUAAGUGUAAGAUUAAUGGAGAUAUCUCAUUCCAUUGAUGAAGCAGCACUUGGUUGAAACUGAAAUGCAUGCAAAGAUGUUUACUAAUGAAAAUGAGUUUUAGCAGUUCACUGAAGAUGAGGAAGCUUGAAAUUGAGUGCACAUUCAAGAGCUGCAACAAGGUCUACUUUGAGAUUGAAGAACAUGAUGAUUUAUUUUUUUUAAGAAAAAAAGGAAAAAAAAAAUAUACAUAGUAUAUUCUUUCCAUUUUUUUUGUUUAAAUUAGAUUAGCAUUUUUGUAACUAGAGAAUGGAUACACAAAAGCUUUGUUUGCUUGAUUCAUCUAAGAGGAACUAGUUAGUAUACUUGAUAUUUAUUUUGAAUUUCAUAAUUUCUACAAUAUUAAGCGGGUUUUAAUUGUCUCA